GACGGCAGUGUGUACGCGGGUACUCUUUUUAGCUGUCGCUGUGGUACAAUUUCAGUGUCUGGAGGAGCGUGCGCGUUACCUUUUGUUCUAACGGAGCGGAACUACGUUCUAACACACGACUAGAAGCGGCAGUGGCUAGAACUGUGGUAUAGGAAGAAUGAAAGAAAGGUGGCCCUGUAGGAUGCUGCACGUGGCUGUAUGAUGGAAGGGAAUGAGAAGGUGAACCGGCUUUGUGGCAAGUCUGUUGGAUGGCUUCAGAGGCAAGAGAAGGAUGCAGAGCCCUGGUUAUGGAAACUCUCAAACUGCUUCUCGGCUGUUGAUCAGGCGUUACCUGCUGCUGGAGAGACACCGAAGGACCACAUGGCGAGCAGUAGGCCUACUGUGGCACUGAAAGAUAUACCACCACCUCCCCCACCCCCACUCCAACCUCGCACAACUAUCUUCCCACUCUCCAAAAUCCAACCUCCCCCCAUAAAGCCAAUCCAUCUUCAAACCGGACCCAAAGUAAGCUGUUGUGCACUUUGUUCUAAUGGCCCCUCUUGCACAUCUGCUCUCCGUUUCAAUGGGGGUGGUUUCAUUCAGCCUAAACCUAUUCUGGACAAAAAUGUCCCUGGCACCAUUACCUGUCAGGUGGCCCCGGGUCUGCCCUUGCCUCCUGAAAGCCCCUUCAAAAAAGUGGCUGCCUCAAAUGUGUGUAUGGAAAACCGUCUGUCUCCCUGCCACCUUCACCCUCCUCACUCGGUUCCCUGCUGUACGAAUGUGCAUUUAAACCAGUUUCACGGUGACCUCCACAAAUUUCAGCUUCCUGCCUUUGGGACUUCUCCUGGAUACUACCCUUACACUGACUUCACUAAGGGGCCUGCACUGCAUUUAAAAGAACGUCUUGCACAGUCUGAAAUGUUGUCACACUUUUGCACAAGUUCUCUCCAUCUGAAUCCUGCACCUUCUAUGUUUCUCAAAGGCUCUUCCUUCUGUGAAGUCUGCUUGGAAAAGGUUAGUUUAAGGAUAAUGGUUUUCCAUCAGGCUGCCACUGAAGUGGUGUAG